AUGAAGCGGUAUCACAAGAUGGAGAAGAUAGGAGAAGGUACCUACGGAGUAGUGUACAAGGCCCAGAACAACCACGGUGAAAUAUGCGCACUGAAAAAAAUUAGAGUGGAAGAGGAAGAUGAAGGGAUUCCGAGCACAGCAAUCAGGGAAAUAAGCCUGCUCAAGGAGCUUCACCACCCGAACAUCGUGUGGCUGCGCGACGUGAUCCACAGCGAAAAGUGCCUGACUCUUGUCUUCGAGUACCUUGACCAGGACCUGAAGAAGCUGCUGGACGGCUGCGACGGCGGCCUGGAGCCCACUACUGCCAAGUCAUUUUUGUUUCAAAUUUUGCGCGGGAUCUCGUACUGCCACGACCACAGAAUCCUGCAUCGCGAUUUAAAGCCUCAAAAUCUGCUAAUCAAUAGGGAGGGGGUGCUCAAGUUGGCUGAUUUUGGCCUAGCAAGAGCUUUUGCCAUUCCUGUGAGGAGUUACACUCACGAAGUGGUUACCCUGUGGUACCGCGCACCGGACGUGCUUAUGGGCUCGAAAAAGUACUCCACCGCAGUGGACAUUUGGAGCGUAGGAUGCAUAUUUGCAGAAAUGAUUAACGGUGUUCCACUGUUUCCUGGAAUCAGCGAACAGGAUCAACUGAAACGUAUAUUUAAGAUUUUAGGCACUCCAGACGUGCGCACAUGGCCACAAGUAGUUGAACUGCCUGCAUACAAUCCUGAUUUCUGCCAGUACGAAAGCCAACCAUGGUCCUCCAUCUUGCCAAAAUUAAAUGAGUCGGGAAUUGAUUUGAUUUCAAAAAUGCUUCAACUUGACCCAAUGCAGAGAAUCUCUGCAAAGGAAGCACUGACCCACGAAUAUUUUAAAGAUAUCACAAACAGAUCAGAAUUUUUAAACAAUGUACAUUAA